UGUAAUGCAAUGCAAUGCGUUUUAUACGCAACUCGUCCUUUUAACACAGCUCUAAUCGGCAACAUUAUAUGUACAAUGUACAUACACACAUCAGAAAGAGUCGAAAUUUUCUCUACGUUUUAACUUCCAUCUCAAAAUUGUGAUACCCUUAAAAAACGACAGGUCAUUUCAUUCUUAAUUCAGUCUCCAAUGUGUAAAGUUGGCCACAAUUCGUGUUUGGAACGUUUUUAAAAAAACCUCAUUGAUAUUAAAAAAGAGAAUAAUAGAGACUUCGCAAUAGUGUAGUUGUUGCGGUUACAACGUUUUUUAACACUAUAUCUUGACUAAUUGUGCUAAUUGGACUAAUUGUCAGGAAUUGCGAAUAGCAGAUUAAGUCACCACUAAGAUUUUGUGAUGGGAUUUGACUGGUUAUAAUUUUACGAGUUGGUUAACAUUAGAUGAAAAAAUAUCAUGGUUGUGCUAGGAAAGCCGAUUAGCGGUGGAGGUGUUGGAGGAGGUGGAGGACUUCAGGGAAAGUUAUCCAGCAGCAAUUCCUCACUUUGUUCUCCGCCCAACGACGUCGUCUUCGUGGUGGAAGGCACUGCACUUUGCGGAGCUUAUCUGAAUGAACUGAAGCAGACUUACAUUUUUCCAGCCUUGGAGUGUUUUAAUGGGGGACACAUUGAAGAGAGGGAUUGUGGGUCGGAUAGCAAUUUUACACUUUUUGGACUGGUCGUUUUCCACUCAUCGGAUAUUCUUCCGGCCUUAUUGACUGAAGCUUAUGGACCGAUCACGACGCCGCAGAAGUUGAUGAGCAUCAUCGACAAGAUUCAGUUUAGUGGAGGUUAUGGCGAGGCUGCGUCGCAUGUGGGGGAAGGACUUGCUACUGCGUUGCAAGGUUUGCAAGACCUCCAAGCGUUCAGGGCUGCUUCUCAGGAUUCUACAAUACCAAAAAAGCACAUUGUUCUCGUCUGCAAUUGUAAACCGUACGGAUUGCCAGUAACUGAAGCAGUCGGACAAAAUAAUAUAUAUCGUGGCCUUACGGCGGAACAACUGGCUGCAUUCAUGUCGGAAAAUGGAAUUCACUUGUCAAUAUUUUCACCUAGAAAAAUUCCAGCCCUUAUAAACCUAUUCGAAAGAGCUGGAGGUGAAUCAUCGCUGCAAAAGACGUAUUCUCGUGAUCCCAGGCAUUUAGUAUUGUUGAACGGAUUUCAUCUCCAGGAACGGCCAGUUACACCCACGAAAGCUACCCCGCUAGAUCCACCUAUACUGAAUCCACCUCACACUCCACAACAACCACCACCGGCAUCCACCCCCACUUCCAGCAUAAGUCAGAUACCCCCACCUGCCCCCACUCCUCCCCAGCAUCAGCAGAUACCUCAACAAUCUCAACAGCAACAACCUCAACCUCCACCACCAGGACCUGUCCCUCCACAAAUCAUGGUCAACAAUAGCGCUCAACCCCAACUAUUAAGUCAACAGCCCCACCCUCAGACCUUACCUCAUCACCAACAACAGCCAAUACAACAAAGCUUCAAUAUUCCUCAAGCCCCCACACCUCCAACAAGUAUCCAACCUGGUUUCAAUCCACCCAGUUCUGUUAAUGCGCAAAUUCGCCUAAGAGGAAUGAGGCCGGCAGGGCUGGGUCAACAGCAACAGAAUCCAAUUGUUAUCAACCAAGGGCAAAAUCCUAUCCAACAGCAGCAGCAGCAGCAAAUUCUUCCAGGGAUGCAGAAACCAUUAAACUCUCAUUUAAAUCAACAAUUAGGUCAGCAGCAGCAACAGUUAAACCAACAGCAACAAUUAAAUCAGCAACAAUUAAACCAGCAGCAACAGCAGCUAAAUCAACAGCAACAAUUAAAUCAGCAACAAUUGAAUCAGCAACAGUUAAACCAGCAACAACAACUGAACCAACAGCAACAAUUAAGCCAACAACAGCAAUUAACUCAACAGCAACAAUUAAGCCAACAACAACAAUUAAAUCAACAGCAACAAUUAAACCAACAGCAACAAUUGAACCAGCAGCAGCAAUUAAACCAGCAACAUCAGCAGCUAAACCAACAACAACUUAAUCAACAACAACAAUUAAACCAACAGCAACAAUUGACCCAACAACAGCAACAAUUAAGCAAUUUGAAUCCACAGUUAAACCCUCAGUUAAAUCAAGCACUAAACCAACAACAGCAAUUAGGUCAGCCAAUUAACCCUGCUCAGAUGGUGGGAGGAGGACAGCUUAAUAGUCCACAAAUUUCCCAACAACAGUUGAUCCCUCAACAAUUGAAUCAACAGCAACCUAUGAAUACGCAACAGCAAAUGGGGCAGCCACAAAUCCAAAUUGGACAACAGCAACAACAAUUAAAUCAGCAGCAAAUGGCUCAACAAAAUCUUAAUCCUGGACAAAUUGGGCAAAUGGGACAACAAAUAAACCCCCUGGGACAAAAUGCCAUGCAAAAUACUAUGCAACCACAAAGAUGGAACAAUCCCCUUGCAGCGGUUCAGCAGGCGCAGGCUCUACAACAACAGCAAAUUCGAAUGCAACAAAUUCAACAACAACAACAGCAGCAACAACAACAGCAACAACAACAACUUCAAAAUAUGAUGGCAAAUCAAACACAGCAGCAGCAACAACAAAAUCAACCCCAACAACCAACGCCACAGUCUUCCACUCCUGGACCAACGUCUAGUCUUACGUCUUCAACGUUGCAACAGCAACAACCAACAAAUUCUACAUUAAUUGCACAAUUGCAAAAUCCUCCACAAACUACAGUUCCCGUUCCCGGAGGUGGUCCAACAGCUCCACAAAUGGUGCCAAUUGCAGCGGCCCCCAAUAAUCAAAAUCCCAAAGAGAGACAAGUUAUUUGGUCAGGAUUAUUGGAAUGGCAUGAAAAGCAAAAAGGACCACCAGAAGGCCAAAAGAUUCCUCGCCAAGUUCCAUGCCAAGUGUCAGCAAAUGUUGUUAAUGGAGAACCGGAAGUUAAAGGAGAUGGAUGGCCACAGAAAUUGAUAAUGCAGCUCAUUCCAAAAGCUAUCGUGGGGAGUUUGGGUGGAACUUAUUUCCGGGACGUAAAAACAGUGCUCUUCAUACUGCAGAAUUGUGAUGCCUUGACUUCUUUGACGAGAGUUUUAGACUCUGGAUUUGCUGGCUGUGUCCACUUUACUGGUGCUGGAAUGCAACAGCCCUCAUGCACCAUCAAAGUCCUAAUUUUGCUGUACAGCAAGGAAAGGCAUGCGUACUUGGGUUUCAUCCCCAACGAUCAGGCAGGAUUUGUUGAUCGAAUUAGGAAAGUUAUUCAACAACAAAAAAAUCAACAAGCAGUUAUGCGACAAGGAUUUCCACCAUUACCUGGGAACCAGUUACCUAACAUGCCAGGCACACCUCCCCAGCAGCAGACCAUGGGUCAGCCCAAUCAGCAAAAUCCUAUAGGAAUACCCAUCAGCAACCAAAGCGGUGGGCAAAUGCCAACGCUUGCACAACAAUUGGGUCAGACACAACCAGUGUUAGGAAAUCCAGUCCUCGCACAACAAUUGAGCCAAAAUCAACCACAAAUCCCCCAACAGCAGCAACACCAACCUCAACAACAGCAACUGCAGCAAAUGGCACAACAACUAAAUAACACUAUUCAGCAACAGCAGCAGCAACAACAACAACAAACAAAUUCAAAUGUCGUUGAUUCCACUAGUGCAGAUUUAUAUGAAAUUGAACGGCAACAGAAUCUCUUGAAGAUUCAACAACUACAGCAAACCCUUCAGCAGGCGCAACAACGCGAACUUCAAUAUCAGCAACUACACAGCAUUCCUGGCCUCCCAGGAGGUCCACCUGCAACUCAGCAACAACAAAUGGGAGGCGGAGGGGGUGGGCCGCCACCGAUGCAGGUCAGUCAACAACAGCAACCAAUGCAUCAACAAAUGCAGCAACAACAACAACCUCCGCAAAUCCAAGGAAUACCUCGUCAAAUGAUGACCCCUCAGAAUGCUGGUCAACAAAUGCGGAUGAUGAGACCUUCAGUGGCACAAGGGAAUCCUGGCUUGCGUCAUUUACUUCAACAACAAGCUGGGCCCAAUUAUCGAAUGCAGAAUAUGCAGAUGCAAGGGAUGCAAAGAAUCCCUGGACAAGUUCCAGGCCAGAUGCCUGGUGGUGGCCCCCUAAGUCAAGGAGGUCAGGUUAACCAAUUUGAGGAUGUAGGAAUACUAGACUUACUCAAAUAAGUAGUUAGUUCUUUCCAUUUUGGUAUACGAAGGGAACACCAUUCUGUACAUGUUAUUAAAUAUAUAACUAGAAAUAAGAGAUGUAGGUAGUAUUAUGUAUUAUGGACUAAUAAUAUGUUGUGACAAUUUCAUGGACAUCGCCGAAGAAGAACUUGAUAAAAGUACUACAAUUAUUACUUAUGUUAUAAUCUUUGGACAAAGUUUACUCGCCGACAAUAAAGGUUACUAUUUUGCACGUAAA